AUGGUUUCGUUAGCGAUGCAGGCAUAUUUUGGGAUUCACCAGCCGAAGAGUUUGAAUGAGGCUGAUUUAGCUCGAAGAAGGCUUGUAUUUGAUGAGUUUUUUUAUCUUCAGUUGGGCCGUUUGUUUCAAAUGCUUGAGGGUCUUGAUACACAUUUAGAGAAAGAUGGACUGUUGGAUAAGUACAGAAAGCCAGAAUUGAAUGCUGUAUUCAUGGAGGAAUGGUCUGCUCUCACGAAGAAGUUUAUGAAGGCUCUUCCCUAUUCACUUACUCCAAGUCAGCUAACUGCUGUUUCAGAGAUUAUAUGGGAUCUUAAACAGCCUGUUCCCAUGAAUAGGCUUUUACAGGGUGAUGUUGGGUGUGGCAAAACUGUGGUAGCUUUUUUAGCAUGCAUGGAAGUUAUUGCUGCAGGCCAUCAGGAUGGAUCAGCUGUUGGAGAGGGAACCUGUCAGAAGAAUCGGGUCAACCCAGAAGCCUCAGUAGCUUCAGUGGUUCAGAACCUGAACUGCAGUCGGGUCAGUGGGGGCAACAUGAACUGCAGUCGGGCAGCUUUCAUGGUUCCAACUGAGCUGCUUGCUGUCCAGCACUAUGAGCACUUUCUUAACAUGCUAGAGAAUAUGGGAGAGGUCAACUGUAAACCCUCUGUUGCUUUGUUAACAGGGUCAACCCCAUCAAAACAAUCACGGAUCAUUCGGUCUUCUGGCUGGUGA